CGCGUCCCGCUCCGCCUCGUCGCCCCCCGACCCCGCCGCACCGGGCGGCGCCCCGCGGCCCCGGCCGGCGGCCAUGGAGGACACCCCGCUGCACAUCAUCGAGGCCCCGCUGCCCGGGCUGUCGGAGGACGGGGGCCCGCCCGCCCCGUCCCCGCAGCCCGGGCCCGACGAGGCGUCGGGGGCGGCGGAGGAGCUGAUCCGGCCCGACCAGGUGAACGGCGUGCUGGUCCUCACGCUGCUCGACAAGAUCAUCGGCGCCGUCGACCAGAUCCAGCUGACCCAGGCGCAGCUGGAGGAGCGGCAGGCGGAGAUGGAGGGCGCCGUGCAGAGCAUCCAGAGCGAGCUGAGCAAGCUGAGCAAGGCGCAGACCACCACCAGCGGCACGGUCGGCAAACUGCUCGACAAGGUCCGCAAGGUCAGCGUCAACGUGAAGACCGUGCGGACCAGCCUGGAGCGCCAGGCCGGCCAGAUCAAGAAGCUGGAAGUCAACGAGGCCGAGCUCCUGAGACGCCGCAACUUCAAAGUCAUGAUCUACCAGGACGAGGUGAAGGUGCCCGCCAAGCUGAGCGUCGCCAAGUCCCUGAAGGAGUCGGAGCUGGCGGAGAAGGAGGCGGCGGAGGAGGGCGGGGAGCGGCGAGGCGGGGAGGAGGAGGAGGAGGACGAGGAAGAGGGGGACGGCGGGGCGCUGGAGCUGUCCUCCGACGAGGCCCUGGAGGUGGAGGAGACCAUCGAGGAGUCGCGGGCCGAGCGCAUCAAGCGGAGCGGGCUGCGGCGCGUCGACGACUUCAAGAAGGCCUUCUCCAAGGAGAAGAUGGAGAAGACGAAGGUGCGCACCCGGGAGGGGCUGGAGAAGACGCGGCUGAGGACCAAGGAGAACCUGGAGAAGACGCGGCACAGCCUGGAGAAGCGGAUGACGCGGCUGGGCACCCGCAUCGUGCCCGCGGAGCGGCGGGAGAAGAUGAAGACGUCGCGGGAGAAGCUGCGCAAGUCCUUCACCCCCGACCACGUCGUCUACGCCCGCUCCAAGACGGCCGUCUACAAGGUGCCCCCCUUCACCUUCCACGUCAAGAAGAUCCGCGAGGGCGAGGUGGAGGUGGUCCGGGCCACCGAGAUGGUGGAGGUCGGGGGCGACGAGGGCGGCGAGGACGGGGGCGACCUCCUGCGCGGGGAGAGCCCCGACGGGCCCGCUCUCCUGGAGAUCACCGAAGAGUCGGACGCCGUCCUGGUGGACAAGAGCGACAGCGAGUAGGAGGAGGAUGGGGGACGAUGGAGGAGGAUGGAGGAGGAUGGA